CAUGCCCGCCAUCACCCGAUCACCGUCCAUUCGUCCAUGGAAAUGGUCCGUUAUCAUGUCACCGUUGCCCUUAUCAGCCCAUACGCAAUCCUUUUUAUCAAUUGCGAUUAUCAGUUGUCAUCGAACACAAAUGAGUAAUAAAAAAAUAUUAUUUUAAUGUAUACACUACAUAGUAUGGCCGUAUGGGUAACCACCUACGUUUAACAUUAUUCAUGUGUCGUUCAACAGUCGGUAGUCAUCGCAAUAGUAUUAUAAUAAUAUUGUAAUCGUUUUAGAUUAAAAUAUUUCAUUGUUUUGUAUUGCUUAUUUACGCGUUAUCGAAGCUCGACACUCUGACACUUACCAAGCUGCGCUCAUCGCGGCUUUAGUAUUUGAUAUAGUAAAUUUUUUUCAUUCAAUUGAUCAGGUGUUAUUGUUUUAUUAUUUUAUUUACCGUCAUCCAUAUUAUUAUAUCGAUUUUAAUAAUAUGACGGUUUUAUCGAAAAAAAAGGCUCAGGCCCUAUCGGAAGAAUGUGAACCUUCAUCGAGUGCACACGGCCAUGUCUUACCUCUUUCAACAACCCAAACACAUUCUCAGAUAAAUACAUUAGAUGAACGAAUUAAGUCUCCACAAAGAUGGUCUGUAGAAAAUAUUGAAAAUGUCUUAAGUUCAAAACAAGCAAAACGCAGGAUUCACCGUAGUCCUCACAGAAAUACAAGAAAUAGUAAAGGACGUGAUAGAGACAAUAGAUCGUCUCAAAGUCCUGGUACUUGCCAGUGUGGAGCCACUGACUUAAAUGGUCACUGUAGUUCAGAUAAAUGUGGAUAUAAUAGUGAGGAUGAAUACGGCGAAAUUCCAAAGCAAUUCAAUGACAUGGAAUGGGCUGAGCAAGAUCGUAUCUUUGAAAAAAAGUUGAAAAAAUGUGAUUUGAUUUUAAAACAAAUGAAAGAUGAUGGUGCAUGUCUGUUUAGAGCUGUAUCAGAUCAAUUAUAUGGCGACCAAGAUAUGCACGAUAUAGUUCGUAAACAAUGCAUGGAUUAUGUCUCAAGCAAUAAAGAUUACUAUAUGCAGUAUGUUACUGAAGAUUUCAAUACAUAUAUUGCUCGUAAAAGACUAGACCGAACUCAUGGAAACCAUGUAGAAAUACAUGCUAUGUCUGAGUUAUAUAACCGUCCAAUUGAAGUUUAUUGUUAUGAAAUUGAACCAAUAAAUAUUUUCAAUAGAGCUAAUACAUCAGAGUCCUCUAAUCCACCAAUAAGAUUAUCUUAUCAAAGAGGAAGUCAUUAUAAUAGUAUUGUAGAUCCACAUAAAGCAACAAUUGGUAUAGGAUUAGGAUUACCAAGUUUUUCACCUGGUUCAGCCGAUAAUAAAUUGUUAACUGAUGCUGUUCGUCAAAGCGAAGAUUACAUGUUAGAACAGACAAUGUUAGAAGAUAAACUCAGAGCUACAGAUUGGGAAGCCACAAAUGAUACAAUAGAAGAACAAAUAGCACGUGAAAGCUAUUUACAAUUUUUAAAAGAUAAUGAAAAACGAAAUAAAAACGAUAAAGAGUCUUCAGCUACGUCAACUGCCACUUCUGCAUCUAUUGUCAAAUCAUAUCAAUCUCGAACUUCGCCUCCAAGAUAUUCAGUUGGACCUAAAACCCCACCUCACUUAUCUCCUUCACAGAGAUCG